AUGUUAAAAAGCCUGUGGGCAGCAUGGGGGAUUCAGCUCUUGGUCGCCGUAGGCCUUGCAUGCCAGAUUGUUCUGGCGAUAUUAGGCAGCCGUCGGAAAUAUAUGACGUCAAUUUUAGCAAGAUUCGUCACAUGGGCCGCCUACUUGCUCCUUACUUACGUUGCGACAAUUGCACUAGGCAAGCUUACUGUGGUCCACAUUGAUAAUCCUGAAAAUCCGGGUAACAGUGCAGUGUUGAAAGGGCUACUGGCCCCGUUGCUUCUGAUGCAACUCGGGUACCCAGACAGCAUAACGGCCUAUGCUGUGGAAGAUAACCGGCUGGGAUUGAGACAGACAGGGAAGAUUGGGGCUAAGGUUGGCUUGGGGAUUUGGAUUCUCAUUCGUUGUUGGGACGACUCAUCCCCGGUCUCGCGGCUGUACUUCCCCUUGUCUGUGGUCGCAAUCAUGAAUUCCGCCUUGUGGGUCUGGGCUCUUCAAUUAGUGUAUGGUGAGAACUCAAGUGUAGAUAGCUGGCACAUUUCCGAGGCAGCUGUCAAAGAUGUGUACGAGGAAGCCAAGCAAGUGCUCAACGCUCUCCCCAAUGACAAGAAGUUCGACUCCGCAAAGUUCAUUUUGAAUGCCUACUUUAGCUUCAAGCGUCUGAAGCCCCACCUUGUGAACUGGCCGUACCUCCCUCUGUUUAUAUCCUUCAAAACAUCCAUCGACAGUUAUCCCCCCGACCAUUCUUUCACCGUGGCCGAAAUCAAGCAGGAUGAUUUCACCAUGACCGAAAUCCAGCUGAACUUUAUUUUUGACAUGCUCUACACUAAAGCUGCGUUUCUGUACACCAAACUCGGCCUCAUAGGCCUCCUCAUCAGCUUCUUCUGCUCAGUGUCUGCAUUGUGUGGAUUCACCAUGAUCUUCAAGAGCACCUUCAUGAUCGAUAAGUACAUCACCUAUACCUAUGCCUUACUAAUGGUAGUCACAUCUUUCGAGCUUCAUCAAAUCAUGACGCUGGCAUUUUCAGAUUGGGCAGUGGUGAAAAUGAGUAUGAACCUUGAGGCGCCACUAGUCCUAAGGCUCCUCCCGUUCCUAGCCGAACGGUGCAUGAAGCAGAGAAGAUGGUCAAGGUCGAUGGGGCAGCUCAAUUUGUUAGACCACCGCCUCUUUGGAUGGCCGAAGCCCGUCAUCGAAGUACUUGAUUGGUUUGAGAAAAGGGAGAUCUUCAGUAGGUAUUGGUUACACUCCCACCAGGCCAUCCCCUCUUCCCUCAAGGUGCUGGUUGUUCAAAAGAUGGCAGAGCUAGAGAAGCAAAGACACCUCCUGCCCUUCACAAAAAGAGGCGAGUGGACGCUCAGAAUUUAUGGCAUCCCAGAGGAAGAUGAACUGAUCGAUAGCUUUAGGAUGGACUUCGAUGAGAGCAUCAUUAUCUGGCACCUCGCGACCGAAAUCCUGCACUUGACGGAAAGGAAAGGGUCAACUGCUUGUGGAGGAAGCAAACUCCUAUCGGCUUACAUGAUGUACCUCCUCGCAGUGUUUCCUUCCCUGUUGUCCGUCCCCGCAGCCCACAUCACGCUGGAUAAAACUUGUUCACUCUUGAGGCACCCAGACUAUAAAAACGCAAUUAUCAUGCUGUCGUCGUCGAAUCAAGAUGGCCCCCAAUCCGUGGAACCAAGUGAAGUGACGAGGAUCACUUGCGACUGGCACGUGCUAUUAGACGUGCAGAAGCUCGUGGUCAACCUGAGGAGGAUGGACAACAAGUGGGAGAUCAUCAGCAAUAUCUGGGUGGAGAUGCUGUGCUAUGCAGCAUACAACUGUCAACAGCAUGACCAUGCCAAGCUACUGAGAAAAGGAGGUGAGCUCAUCACUCAUGUGUGGCUCCUUCUUGGCGUUUCCCAUGACCGACAAGUACACUAA